AUGGCUGGCCGUCAGCCUGGCCAUGGACAGCCGCCGGCCCGCAGCAGCUACCCGCCGCAGACGGCGAGGCGCCCGGGUCCGAUCGGCGGAGGCGCUGCACCUCGCGGCGGCGCGGGGCAGGCGCACUACCGGCGCCCUGGAGAUUCUGCCUCGUCCUCUGGCAGGAACCUUGGCGGUGGCCAGCGCGUGGGCAAGCCCCAGCCGAGGAGGAGCCCGGGGGACGAGCCGUGGAAGCUCCUAGAGGCGGAGCAGGGCGAGGACGACGAGGUGCCGGCAGAGGAGGACUUCGAUGACCAGGGUGGCGACGAGGACGACCCUCCGUGGCAGCCGGAGGAGCCUGCGCCGGAGGAGCCGGAGGCCAACGAUGAGGUAGACGAUGUACCACGGCGGGAGGACGAUCUGGAUUUGGAAGAAGUUCCUGAAGACCAGCGCGAGGCGGUGCAGGGCAACCUCACGUUGAAGCGCCUGCUGUCCUCAGGCAGCAACGCCUCCGGUGGCCCAGCGAAGAGAAUGUGCGCGGGGGACUCGGACGCCGCGGCGCUCGGCGCAGCGCAGUUCGACAAGGAGAGCACCCGCAGGGAGAUCACCUUCUUCGCGCACCAGCCCGGCGCGGCGCGGGCCCGAGAGAAGAAGCGGCUGGACGGCCUGCGCCGUUGGUUCGCCAGCGGCACUUGCCGGCGCGAGGAGGCAUGCGCUGCACCCGGGAGGCGACCUGCCGAGGCCUGCGGCGGCCGUUCCAGCAGGUUUCAGCAGCGGCCGUCCUGCGUGUCCCCGAAGGCGGCCCUCGCCGACCUCAGGCUCGACACCCAGCUGGCCCUGGAGUCUGCCCCCGCCCGUGCGGAGCGCGGGCGCUCCCCCGGCACCGCUGGAGCCCGCGGCGGGCGCGGCCUGACCGGCGGGGGCGCGCCGCCGCCGGGAGCUGCCGCCAGGGCCCGCGGCAGAGGCAGCAGGGCCCGCGGCAGGGUGGCCAAGGACGGAGCGCGCGGCUCCGCCUCGGAGCCGCCCUACAAGCGCGAGGCCCCAGGCGCGUGGCAGGAGGGCCAGGGCGGCCAGCCGCGGCCGCGGACGUACACGGAGGGGACGGACACGGACGCAGUUUGGGAGGCCACCGUCACGAACACUUUCGUGAAGAUGGUCCAGGUGGCCCCGCCGCAGCGCGGCCGCAGCCGCAGCUGCCCUGCGAGCUGGGCGCCCGCCGAGGUGGCGGAAGCCGGCGGCAGGGCGGGCACGCCCCCGCCGCCCCCCGCCGGUGCGGCGGGCCCGCCGCCCCAGGCGGGCGCCGCCCGCACGGGGCGGAGCGCUUGCGGCAGGGCCAGCACGCCACCUAGGCGCCGCCAGCGGCGCGCCGCUGGCGACGGGCGCCCGCCGCUGUGCCGCUACUUCGUGAACGGGAGCUGCAGGUUUGGUGACGGCUGCAAGAACCGGGCUGGCCACUUGAUGCCGGACAUGACCUUCGAGAUCGACCUUACCAAGGAGCACAAUAUGGAGCUUGGUCUCGAGGCUGACGAUCUUGACACUGUACUUCGCAUCACUGCCGUGAUGGAGGAGGGACUGGUGAGUGAUUGGAACGCUAAGCGGCCAAGCAUGUCUGUCAAGGUUGGCGACUACAUUACGAAGUGCAAUGGCAAGGUAUGCUCCCCGAUAGCCAUCUUGAAGAAAACUCAGAGGAAUGAAUAUAGUGCGCAUGAGCUUCGCUUGACGAUCAUGCGGAUGACAGCGCAGGACCACGAGGAGGAGGGCAAGGAGCCGGCGGGCGCGCGGCGGCCGCCCGGGCCUGAGCUGCCUCCAGUGGAGGAGCUCCAGAACCGCGCCGAGAAGGAGGUGAGAGCGCGGUGGCCCGGGGUCUUCUUCUGCUCCAACUGCAAGCCGAUGUCGAGGGCGGGGAAGGGCCGACUGCAGCCUUCGGACUGGCGCGGCUUGCGCACCCAGCAGUGCUGCGACUGCGCUGUCCUGCAGAGCCGCGGGAUCGGCAAGGGGCUGGGCAAGGGCAUGGGCAGGACGAAGGCAUUUGGCAAUUGCCGCGAGUGCGGCAAGCCUGGCCAUUGGGGUAAUGAGUGCAAGGCAACGCCGGAGGAGAAGGCCAGGCACCGUGACACUGUGCAGUAG